CUACAUUUCAAGUAAUCACUCGCGCGCCGGCGCUCGCUGUGCAUACACGUGUGUCGUGGUAUUAAACCUAUAUAUUUUUUGUAUAAAUAUUUUGUGAAAUGGCGCCAGUGUCUAUGGCUGUUGUGGGUAUAGACGAUGAUCAGCGUUUCGCGCUGAUGAAGUUCCGGAGGAAUGUGAAAGAUAUCUUGAAACCAGAGCACAACGAUCAUUUUCUAUUGCGAUGGCUGAGAGCGAGACAAUGGGACGCGGAAGCUGCAGAGAAAAUGCUCAGAGAUUCAAUGGCGUGGCGCGAGAAAUGGGGUAUCGACACCACACUGGAAACCUGGCAAGCUCCUGAGGUGCUGGAGAAAUACUUCCCCAGUGGCAGCACGGGCUUCGAUAAAGAAGGCUCACCGGUGAUCAUAGUCCCGUUCGUGGGUUUGGACGCAUGGGGACUGCUGCACUCCAUCACCAAGACCGAUGUCAUCCGUAUGAUCCUCCGCCACCUCGAGAACUACCUCGCCAUCGCCAAUAAGCAGGCUGUUACACAUGGACCUGCUGCUUUGAAGGUGACGGUAAUAUUUGAUCUAGAAGGGUUCGUGAUGAGGCAGUACGCAUGGCGACCAGCAGCUGAGAUGGUUGUCACGCUCCUUAAAGUCUACGAGGCUAACUAUCCUGAAAUCCUUAAAACCUGCUUCAUUGUUAAUGCUCCUAAAGUAUUCUCUCUAGCGUUCAACUUUAUCAAGAAGUUCAUGCAUGAAUAUACAAUAUCCAAGAUUAGUAUCUACGGUAGCGACGCCAAGAAGUGGCAGCAGCAAGUUCUGACCAUGAUAGACGCAGAUCAGUUGCCGGUACACUAUGGAGGCACUGUUGUUGAUGAGAAUGGCGACCCGAGAUGUAGCGCAAUUGUAAAACCUGGCGGCAAAGUACCGAAGAAAUACUACACCAAAAAUUUGGCUAAAGAGACAGAAAAAGAGUACACACACGUAAACAUCAAAACUGGAGAGAAACAUACAAUCGAUUUGCUGUGCCCUGAUGACACCGAGAGCGUAUUAAAAUGGGAAUUCGGCAUUGAUAGUCACGAGAUUAAGUUCCUAAUCAAACGACGAGACGAAAACGGACACGAAGAGACAGUCCACGGGCCUAGGAAGGUCACAGAAGGCCCAGUCGAUGUUGGCGUCAUCAAUGUCACUGGACCCGCUACGUAUACAGUCAUCUUCGACAACAAAAGUUCGUUUAUUCGCAGCAAAAAGAUUUACUACGAUGUGUUAAUCGCUGUUCCUUCUCGUGACCUCGAGAUCACUGAUGAACCAGAGGAUGGCGCGAGCGGUUCCACGACUCCUUAAUAAAAGAUAAUUUCCAUUACGUUAUAAAAUUUAGUAGGAUAUAUAUUUUUUUGGCUAUAGCCUAAAGGCCGCAUUUACUUAAGGUUCGCGCGCUUAUAUUGAAAACAGUGCGAUAACAAUUAAUAAGUAUAACGGCGUAUAAUGUAGUUUUUUAAGCAACAAAGAGCAACAGGAGCGUUUACUGUGAUAUUUCAAUAAAAUUUGUGCUACUGUAAGUCCAGCAAUGGCUAGUUAUCUAUACCAACUGGCUGUGAAAAUUAACAAAGAACAAUAACUUAUGAAUAGUAGGCAUAUUAUAGGUUAUUGUUCUUUGGAAAUGAAAAACAUAUUUUUUUCGACACCCGUAAACAAUGUUAAGAUGUUAAUUGUAUCUGCAAAAUAGAUCAUUUCCUUUUUGUCUUCAAACUAGACGCUUGUAGAAGUGUGUGUGGCGCCACUGUGGCGCUGCAGCCGCGCAACUAAUAAUUUUCAUACAUUAGAAACUCACCUGUGCAACGCCACAGUCGCGCCACUUUUGCAGACUAGAUAUUGUAUGAAAAUUACGCGCCACUGCAACACUUCUAUAAGCAUCUAAUUAGAAGGCGCCUUAAGUGUAGUUCACAUACAGUUUGAAAUUCUAUAUGAAAGUAACAUUUUAUUACAAAAACUACACUUUCAUGAGAUUAUAAUCUUGUAUUUAAAAUAUAGUUUUAAUGGCGAUGAGGGUUUUAUUUUUAAGCUUUAUGAAACUUAGGAGCGUAGCAACUACAAUAGUUGGGGAUAAGAGUAUUGUUGAUUUAAUUGUUAUUAUUUGUACACAAAUAAUGUAUUGAGAGUUUUGUUACCCUGUAAUCCGUUUUAUAUCAACGCAGGUACAGUGCGCACGCACUAAAGUACGACGUAUUUGCAGUACGUUCCAAAUUCCCUGUGUACCACCGAGAAGUACCAUUGUGGUACUAGUGAUGUUUUUUUCCCCACUAGUACUAUCAUACGAAUUGUUGAUUCACGGUAGUACUAGUGAGAAAAUUUUGUACCACUAGUUUUUGUGUAGCGACAGAAAAAACAAAACUAAGUUAUUUUGUAUUGUUUCUAGCUACGUGGCGCAUCGGUUUGUGUUAUCAACUAACAACAACAUUGAAAUAACAUUCCUGAAGCACGAUAUAUCAUAUGUCAUCAGCGUUUCGUCAUAAUCAUCUUACCCAGAUUUUCGUCUUCAAAUUAGGUAUAACAAGCGUAGGACCGCUGCAGUAGCGCGUGAUUUUUAUACAAUAUCUAGUCCGCAAAAGUGCAGCUGCGCUUCUAUUUAUUGCAUGAAAAUUAUUAGUGGCGCGUUCACAGCGCCACAGAGACGCCAUAGACACGCUUCUUUCUUGAAGCGUCAAAUUUGAAUGCGUCCAGGAUUUUUGUAGAUUUUUGCCUAAUGAAUGUUUUUUCAAUUCUUUCCGUUAAGAAAAAGGCAAAGGUUUAACACCA